AUGGCAUAUGCGGACUCACCAGAAAAUGCGAUUGCUGUUAUCAAGCAGCGGACGGCACUGAUGAACCGGUGUCUUUCUCAACACAAACUAAUGGAAUCACUGCAGCACACUUCCAUAAUGCUGACAGAAUUGAGAAAUCCAAACUUAUCACCGAAGAAGUACUACGAAGUAUACGUUAUUAUUUUCGACUCAUUGACCAAUCUCUCCACAUAUCUAAUAGAGAACCAUCCUCAAAACCACCAUUUAGCCGAUCUUUAUGAACUGGUCCAAUACACCGGCAACGUGGUGCCCCGACUUUAUUUGAUGAUCACGGUGGGGACAAGCUAUCUGACAUUCAGCGAUGCUCCCAAGAAGGAGAUCUUAAAGGAUAUGAUUGAGAUGUGUCGUGGCGUACAAAACCCAAUAAGAGGCUUGUUUUUGCGCUAUUAUUUAUCUCAGAGAACCAAGGAACUGCUUCCGGAGGAUGACCUCUCGUUUGACUCUCAAUUUAUUAUGAACAAUUUCAUCGAGAUGAACAAACUGUGGGUGAGAUUGCAACACCAAGGACCAUUACGCGAGAGAGAAACCAGAACACGUGAGAGAAAAGAGCUGCAAAUUUUAGUCGGGUCCCAACUAGUUCGUCUUUCGCAGAUUAUCGACGACAAUUUUCAAAUGUACAAGCAGGAUAUCUUGCCCACAAUCUUGGAGCAGGUCAUACAAUGUAGAGAUUUGGUGUCCCAAGAAUAUCUCUUGGACAUCAUCUGCCAGGUAUUCACGGAUGAGUUUCAUCUGAAAACCUUGGAUACUUUACUACAGACCACUUUGCACCUGAACCCUGAUGUUUCAAUAAACAAGAUUGUGCUUACUUUAGUCGAUCGAUUGAACGAUUUUGUUACAAGGCAGUUGGAGGAUGACCCAAACGCCGUUUCUUCGAACGCUUAUUUAGAUAUGGACGUGUUUGGUACGUUCUGGGACUACUUGACCGUAUUGAAUCAUGAAAGGCCAGACCUAUCACUACAACAAUAUAUCCCUCUAAUUGAGAGUGUAAUUGUUCUGAGCUUGAGAUGGUACCCUAAUAAUUUUGAAAAUUUGAACAAACUAUUCGAACUGGUUUUACAAAAAACUAAGGAUUACGGUCAAAAAAAUAUAUCUUUGGAAUCAGAGCAUUUAUUUUUAGUUUUAUUAUCCUUUCAAAAUAGUAAGCUCCAGUUAACUUCCACCUCUACAGCAUCACCAAAUUCAUUUGCUACUUCUAAGAAACAUUUCAUUUUUCAGUUGAUAUCUCAGUGCCAGGCAUACAAAAACAUCCUAGCCUUGCAAAGCAUUGGUCUGCAAAAAAAAGUUGUUAAUGAGAUUAUAGACAUUCUGAUGGAUACAGAAGCUGAAGAAUCCAACGAUAAUGAAUAUGAGUCGAAGUUGCAUCCUUCAGGGAACUCAGCACAUUUAGUCAUUGAAGAUAAACUACAGGUGCAACGCCUACUAUCAAUUUGUGAACCUUUAAUAAUCUCAAGAAGCGGGCCACCCACGAAUGUUGCUUCCUCAAAUACAAACAUCGACGAAGUGUUUUUCAAUAGGCAUGAUGAAGAAGAAUCAUGGAUACUGGAUCCAAUACAAGAAAAGUUGGCUCACUUGAUCCAUUGGAUAAUGAACACCACUUCCCGGAAACAAACAAAGAAGAACAAAUCCCAAUUUAACUUAGAAACGCAGUUGGAAAUAUUACUACUUAUCAAAUCUUCGUUUAUCAAAGGCGGCAUCAAUGUCAAAUACACUUUUCCAGCCAUAAUUACAAAUUUUUGGAAACUGAUCAGAAAAUGCCACAUGAUACACCAAUAUAUUUUGAAGGAAAGGGCUGACAAUAGGACAUUGCUAUCUCAUUAUUCCAAUCUUUUGAAGCAAAUGUUCAAGUUCGUUUCACGUUGUAUCAACGAUAUUUUUAAUUCCUGUAACAAUUCAUGCACGGAUCUGGUUCUGAAGUUAAAUUUACAGUGCGCUACUUUAGCUGAUCAACUACAAUUAAACGAAAUAUCAUAUGAUUUCUUCUCGCAAGCCUUUACUAUAUUUGAGGAGUCUUUGAGUGACUCAAAAACCCAGUUACAAGCUUUGAUCUAUAUGGCUCAAUCUUUACAAAAAACAAGAUCUCUCUACAAGGAAACUUACUAUGAUUCAUUGAUCGUCAGAUGUACGCUGCAUGGAUCUAAACUAUUAAAAAAACAGGACCAAUGUCGUGCUGUUUAUUUAUGUUCUCAUCUCUGGUGGGCAACGGAAAUAUCAAACAUUGGCGAAGAAGAGGGUAUUACGGACAGCUUCUUUAGGGAUGGUAAAAGAGUGUUAGAAUGUCUACAAAGAUCUCUUCGUGUUGCAGAUUCCAUUAUGGACAACGAACAGAGCUGUGAGCUAAUGGUCGAGAUAUUAAAUAGAUGCCUUUACUAUUUCAUUCAUGGCGAUGAGGCUGAAACUCACAUAUCUAUAAAAUACAUUAAUGGUUUGAUUGAACUAAUCAAAACGAAUUUAAAAUCGCUAAAACUAGAGGAUAAUAGUACCUCUACGGUAACAAAUUCGAUGAACGAUUUGCACAUCACUGGCGAUACUAAUGUGAAGGCAAACGCCACCGCUAAUGACGGUCCUGGAAACACAGAAAAAGAUGCUAAUGUCGCCAUAGGGUCAGAUGGCGUAUAUAUUCAACUAAACACAUUGAAUGGGUCUUCUACACUAAUACACGGAAUCAUAGCAACUGCUUCAGGUAGCAAAUUACUACACCAACUUAAGUAUACUCCAAUCUAUCAUUUCCAACGUACCUGUGACUAUAUCGAGAGUCAAAGAGAAGUUGAUGAUCGGUUUAAAGUCAUCUAUGUAUAG